CAUUCACAUUAGUUUCCAUGUACUCACACAUCCACCAACUUAUUCAGAUGAAACCGAAAGCCGAUCAGUUAUAAUACGGCAACCAUGAAUAUAAGACGUAUUCCGGGUAUUCGUUACACACAAUCUUGUGAAACAACACAGAGUUCCUUGAGUCAUUCCUCUUGUGAUUAUGCGCUAAGUGAUCCAGUUCUAAUAAUCAUUACUUUAACAGCACUGGUGGGAUCGUUUUGCUUACUCAGCGGAUUAAUUCUUCUGUGCGCGGUUUCUAAGACACUACACGAUCAAACUUCAGAGGCUAUUCUUCUCUUGGGAAUUGGAUUCUUUAUCUACACAAUUGCCUUCGUGACCUGGAAAAUAACAAAUGCGCGAAGACUUGCUCACGUGAUCCAGACGCUUAAUAAAGAAAUUAUACCAGUGCACGUGUAAAUAUACCAAGUGCUCAAUAAUUUUCUACUGAAUGCCAAAGUUUAGCUGUAAGAGAGAACUAACGAAUACAUUCAUCACUAUAGUGGUACUUAUUUAUAAACAUACAUAUGUAAAUGUGGCUGUAUAUGUUAAUAGUUGGUGAGCGGCCGUACGGAAGAGUGGAAUAUACGAAGCAAUAAAUACACAUUUCUAUGGACAUACAUACAUACUUUAAGAUAAAAAAUCGAAACACCGCCAUAAUCAUUGAGUGAAUAAUAACAUAGAGUCACAGCCUCGAAUAAAAACUAUUUUGUAUGUGAGGCGUCGAUUUGCCGUAAAAUCAAUUAGAAUGGCACUCUCCAAGCGAAUCUAUUCAAGUACAUACAAAAAUAAAAUUUACAUGAAUCUUGUUUUUGCUUUUGGCUUUCAGAUUGUCAAAGCAAUCUUAGGUGUAUGAAUUCG